AUUCAUUUGAAUCGCAAACGUUGAGCGAACAAGUUCAUCAUUGUGCCGUCACAUUGUCAUUCCGUUUGUAUUGAGAGAUUCGUGAUUUCAGUGGUUGUAUAAACAAUCAAGUGCUAAACAUUAUUCAGCUACCGUGUCUAUCUGGCUUGAAUUCAGUGAAUUUUUCAGUUGAUGCAGUUGGAUUUGUUUUUUUUAUCUGGAAUCAAUUAAAUGAGCACAAUUCAGCAAACACGAGCAAAUGGGCGCGCGCGUAUUUUUCUCCCAUUGCACGCCAGCUAAACAAACCAGAAUCACGAGCAAGAGAUAAUUUACUUAAUUGCUUGCAUUUUCCCUUUUCAACAUCCAACCGAUUUUCAUCAUUAUUUUGCUUCUUCUUCUUCGUUUUGAACAAAUUUUCAAGUGCCCGAUCCGAAGCGCAAAUUCGUGAAAAAUUGCUUGUGAUUUGAUUUUUGCGGAUGCAAAUAUGUGAAUAUCGUGUCGAAAUUAAACGAACGGUGCAUCAAACAAAUCUAUUUAUGAAUUCCGUUUGGUCACGAUUUGUCUGUGCACAUGAGUUAAGUGAAGAAGAAGAAGAGAAAAAAGCAUCAAGCUCACAGCUCUUUGGUUCAAUCAAUCGUAUGCGGUGUGGUCAUUGAAUGCUCAGCUGUGCAUUAUAUCAUCUUUUAUAGAAGGCAAAAAAAACAACAAGCGAAACGAAUCUGUUGUUGUUUUCUAUAAUUACAUCAAAAGUGUGACUCAAAUUUUAAUUCUAAGCGACACAAAUUUGUGUGUUGCUCAUGUCAUUUUCAUAGAAUUAAUCGACACCUUUUGUGACUUGGGUCAAAUCGGAGCCGAUCACUUGACAUUAGCAAGCUUAAGAUUUAAGUAAACAACUUUUGGUUUUUUUGUUGUCGCUGUGUGUGUGUGUUUUGUGUUAAAAUUCUUUAUGAUUGUCACGUCUACCGCAUAAAAUGUGCUAAAGACGCCGACCUUGCUGAUGUGCUAAUAGCUUACCAAUCGCUUGGCCCACAUCACAGUUUCACUCGGUUUGAUAAAAUGCAAUUGAUGCAAUUCACGCUCCGACUAAUCUAUUUGCCAAACAUAUAGAUACGCUCUUGAGAGACGUUGAAGAAAAAAAGUUGUGUAAAGGAAGAUUUGCAAUCCAUUGUUAGAGAGAUGUUUGUUGGAAAUGAAAGCAAAACUUGUAUUCAAAUGCGACUUUGUUCCACAUAAGAUGUACAUUUUGGUUUGAGCCGUCCAUUUUUUCUAGUUCUUUCUUGCAAACAAACAUCUGCUUUUUUCCUUUGGAAAAUGGAAAAAUAGUGGGUUUUUCUCUCAUGAUUUUUCAUAGAACGUCAACAAAUGACUUUUACUACCAUUGUGCUACCAUUUGGGAAUGGUUUCAAAUGUAUUAUUCAACUAUCGAAUGGCUACCGGAUUAAAAAGUUUUUCUUUUUUACAAAGUGAAUGAACGAAUUAAUGAACGAAAAAAAAGUACGAAUGAUAAAAUUGUGGACUUGAUAAGCUUGGAAUAAAUUCGAUGUGAGCAUUGUGAAUUGCGAGUGCAGGUUUACAUGAGUCGGUGCUCAUGUUCUCUUCAUUAUUUAAUAAAAAAAACUGAAAAUGCUAGAGUUGAACAAGUUCUUACUUCAUGUCAUAAUUUUAUCCCACUAUAUUUGAAAAAAAAAACUAUUUCCCCGGUAUUUGACAGCAUUUCCAUUCGAUGGUGAAACAAUUGUGAUGGAUUAUUCCAUCAACCGGGUUAAAAAUUACAUAUAUUUUAAUAUGAUAGUAGACAUUUCAGUUCUGUGUGGAUCAAUUUUUACUUCUAUUUUCAAUGAGGACGUUCAUCGGUCAGUGAUAAACCUCGUUGCGUGUUGUGAUAACGGCAAAAUAAUGUGUGACAUGGUCAUCAUCUUUCGGUUCGAAAAAUGAACAAAGCCAAUCAAACGUCGCUAUCGAAAUACUACAAAUAGGGCUGUCGAAUAAAAACCAGAAGAAAAAAAAAACCAAAUUAGGCGAAAAAUCGAAACAACAAACGCAGAAGAAGUAGAACAGAAAUGAUCCGGAAAGAUGAGUCUUACGAGCAUAGUGCAUAGUGAUAGCGAGAAUGAUGAUGCCAACGAUGAGAGUGCCACUAAGCCAUUGCUGUUGCAAUCGACAUCGCCCAAAAAAUGCUCAACAACAACAACACCAGCAACAACAAUAAAGCUGCCAAAUUCGGUCAACAUCCAGCAAACAAACAGCGACAAUGAGAAUCGUGUACUAUCCAAAUUCGCUACGAAACUCAAUCGCAUCGAAUAUCGUCGGUCGCAUCGUGACAAAUGGAGUCGUAUCAAUAUUGGCAUUUUAACCAUUUCCAUUCUCAGUGUGGUGUACUUUUGUGUGUCAAUGAAUUUAAACGUUGAUAAACCGUCGCCACAAAUCAUUGUCGAUGUGCCACCUGUGGACACCAAUUUACUCGGACCAAAAGUUAGGGAUGGAUUUUUAGUAUUUUCGCCAAGUUGUCAAAUACCAAACACGAAUCCACUGGCUGCCGAUGUCAUGAAGCUUUUUCGAAGAGAGAAAUAUGAAGCGUGUUCAAUAACAGAAGCCGUAACUCGCAUCGAAAUGAAUUGGACUACUUCAGAGGCGAUGCUAAUUUAUGAUUUUAAACCAAAAUGGUAUUCAUCAUUUGUGAAAUCGACAUGCUGUUACAGCGAAAUCACACGGGCUGGAAGCGGGAAGAAAGCCGAUGAGCAAUUCAAACUUUCAACGUGCAAAAAAUUCACAUCAUCAUUUGUACUACCGGCCAAUAUUGAGUUUAUUUUUGUCAAAUGUGAAUCGAUGGGCAAAACGGUUUACAAAAAUACGCACGCAAUCAUACGUGAUCGGCCGAAAAUUCGUCAACGUCUCAACGAAUUCAAAGAGAAGUCCAAGAACAAUCGACCGUUGAGUGUGCUUAUGCUGUCGAUAGACAGUGUGUCACGAUUGAAUUUAAUUCGGGCAAUGCCAAAAACCGCACAGCAUCUCUAUGACAGCGGUUGGUUUGAACUGCAAGGAUACAACAAGAUUGAUGACAACACCUUUCCAAAUCUGAUGGCCAUUCUAACGGGAUUCAAUCGUACAUUGGCGUACGGUGAAUGUGAGCCGGUUCAAGUUGGCAAACUAGAUGCAUGUCCGUUCAUCUGGAAGGAUUUCCGCGAGAGUGGCUAUGUGACGUCAUACGGUGAAGACGAAGCUUCGAUCAGUUCGUUCAAUUAUAACAAACGUGGAUUUGUAAAACCACCUACGGAUUACUACUUACGUCCAUAUAUGCUUGCGGCGGAAAAGCAUUUACCCAUUAAGAAAAAGCAUUCGUUGACCUUUUGUUUGGGCAAUAAACAUUCGGCCGAUCACAUUUACGAUUUUGCGAUGGAUUUUUCGACGCAUUACAAAAAUGAUGCAUCGUUUGGUCUGUAUUGGACGAACACAUUUAGCCAUAAUGAUAUUAGUGAUCCAUCGUCGAUGGAUAAUAAAAUGCGCAGUUAUUUGGAUACGAUGGAAAUGCGAGGCAUUCUCAACGAAUCGAUGGUUGUUUUCUUCAGUGAUCAUGGGCUUCGUUUUGGUCCGAUUCGUCACCUAAUCACUGGAUGGCUUGAAGAACGUUUGCCAUUCAUUUUCAUUUGGUUGCCCGAAUGGUUUCGCAACGAACAUCCCGAAAUUGUGCAUGCGCUAAAAAUCAAUCGCAAUCGUUUGACCAAUCCAUAUGAUUUGCAUAUGACACUAAAACACGUGCUACAACUAUCGAAUCCGGAACAAGUGUAUGCACCGGCAAUCAGUUGCCUGAAUUGCCAAAGUUUAUUCACCGAAAUUCCAUGGAAUCGUUCGUGCGAAGAGACCUCAAUCGCUGCUCAUUGGUGUACGUGCGCACCGUACCGAUGGCACGAUAAAAAUGAUAAAAUUGUCAAAAAUGCUGUGAAAUUCGUAUUAGAUGGUAUAAAUCGAAAUCUCAAAAAUUACACUCAUGAUGAUCGUAAGCAUCCGCUGUGUGCCGAAUUGAAAGUUAAAAAAGUGUCGGAUGUACGCAAAGCCGAGUAUCGCGAUGGAGGCGAUCAUUACGAUGAUUAUUUGCUUAAGUUUGAGGUGUCACCGAGUGAUGGUUGGUUUGAAUCGACCGUUCGUCAUCGUCCCGAAAUCCAUGAAUUCGAACUGACCGGUUCGGUAAGCCGAUUAGACAGCUACGGUAGCCAAGGUAAUUGCAUUAAAAUUGAUUACCUCCGUAAAUAUUGCUAUUGCACCGGCAGCAGCAACCCAAAAAAUCGAAAAGGUUAAUAACCAACUACAAUUUUGAAUAGAAAAAAAAAAACAAACAGAAAAAAAACUAAAUUCCUUUUUGUGCGAUUCCAAAUCGAACAUAAACUGUAGAAAAGUCAAAUGAAGCUGUUAACAAUUUUUUUUUUCUCAACCUAAAAACAAAACAACAAACAAAAAUAAAAGAAAAAAAAAACAACUUUUACAAUAACUAAAUGGAUCGUAAAUAAUCGAAAAGUCCAUUGGCCAGUCGAACUAUGACAAAUUCCUAGACUCUAUUAUACAAUAUUAUAUAUACUAUUAUAUUAUAUAUCCGAUUGAAACUUGUAUUUUCUAGACAGAGAACGAGAACGUAAUAUUAAAACCAUUGAUAGUAAAACAAAAACAAAACAUGAGUAAAUACAAACGCCAAUAUUUUAUUAAAUGUGUUAACAAAAACUGAAGAUAGAGGGGGCACAGGCACACACACCGUGCUUAAAAGAUAAACUGUAGAUUUAGGGUGAUGCGAUAGCAGCGCGCUGUAGAGUAAAAUUGUAAAGCAAUUCGAGUAAAGAAUAUAAUGUAAACUAAUUAACUGACAAAUCUGUGACUUUAAUAUAUUUCAUUUCAAAAAUGCAUUGAUGUGUGCUAAUUGUAUAACAAAACAAACAAAAACAAGAUGAAACUGUAUGUACUGUAGCCAAUCAAAUUGGUGCGAGAGAAAAAAAUUAAUAACAAAUGAAUGAAGCAAAUUCUUUUGAAUUCACAUAAUUUUAUUUUAGACAAAUAUUUAUCUAUCUAAAUAAUGUGAGACGAUGAGCAGUUAGAUUUCUGUUUUCAGGAAUCUCAAAACGAACUGAAAUGUGAAUAUUUUUUAUUUUGUUGUUGUUAAUUUCAUUUCACCUAAAAAUGGAUGGAUUUGAUGAUGAUAAUGAUGAACGUUUGAAAAAUAAAGAAUUGAUACAAAUGAUUUCUGAAACAAAA